UUUAAAAUACAUUUUCAGUUUCUUGAAGAAAAAGCAAUUAUAAAAGAACUGAAUUACACCAAGUUAGAGUGUACAAAACAUCAUUCCUUCUUGGAAUACAAAGUCUGGAGCUGUUGCCCAAAGGACUGGAAGCCAUUUAGUUCCCACUGCUACAUUCCUACGGUUGACACUGCAUCUUACAGCGAGAGUGAGGAGAAGUGCUCCAGCAUGGGUGCUCAUCUGAUGGUGAUCCACAGCCAGGAAGAGCAGGAUUUCAUCACCAAUAUCCUGGAUCCUAAAGCUGCUUAUUAUAUUGGGCUUUUGGAUCCAGGUCAUCGACAGUGGCGAUGGGUUGAUCAGACACCAUACAAUAAAAGUGUCACGUUCUGGCACACAGGUGAGCCCAGCAGUGACCACGAUCGAUGUGUUAUAGUACAUGUUCCAUAUUCUGUUUGGGGCUGGAAUGACAUUCCUUGCAGUGAAAACCAGAAGUCAGUUUGUCAGGUGAAGAAAAUAUACUUAUGAAUCAAACAUUCUUCAUGGACAUGGGAUUGCCUGUUUAUCCACCAU